AUGAAGAAGACUAUUAGCUUUGUUGGUUCGAUUAAUGGUUUGAUGUGUAUUGCUAGAGGUCCGUCUGUCUGUAUUUGUAACCCCAUCACUAGAGAAUAUGUUAUGCUUCCUGAAAUUAACAGAGAUUGUGGUGAUUACUAUGACUUUUGGGCGAGCAGCUUUGGUUAUGUUUCCUCAACCAAUGAGUACAAAGUUGUAGUAAUAUAUGUGUCGGAGAGGAAGACCCAUGUAGAAGUCCGCAUAUACACUAUAGGCAGUGGAACCGGAUGGAGAAACAUUGGAAAGUUCAAUUUUGGAUCCAACCUACACAAUAGUAAAAAGGUUUUGUUUGCCAAUGGAGCUCUUUAUUGGAUGGACGAUGGAUCAGGAAAGGUCGUUACCUUCGAUUUGGCUGAGGAAAAGUUCUUUGAAAACCUAUCACCACCUCCUUUGCCACAAGACGGUGAAUGCUGUCAUAAUAGAAUAUGGGUUCUGAAUGGGUCCUUGUUUUAUGCUGUCGUUGAUGAAGAAGACGGAUUUUUUGACUUACAGUUAUUAGAAAAGAAAAAUAAUAACCAUGACAUGAAAGUGAGUGACCAACAUCAGUCAUUGGGUUGGAGUAAAUGGUUUAGGGUUGAUGAUAGAGAAGUGUUGGCCUUUACAAAAAGAGAUGCUGUUUUAACUUACAGGUAUUGGUAUAUCAACAUUUACCAUACUAAAACUUCAACCUCGAAAGGACUUGCGCAGUUUAAGAAUAUGGUUCAUCAAGUAUCCCCUCACAAGAACACCUUAGUUUCUUUGAAAGAACAAGGGGAAAAAGAUACAAGAAUAAUGGAGUCAGAUGAAAUUGAGAAGACAAAAGGCCGCGAGCAGCCACAGAAGGAUGCGAACCCUGAAUACAUAAUUGUAAACUGGUAA